AUGCGUCUCUUCGACAUUCCAAACGAGCUACGCGCCGCCAUCUUUGGCCUGGUGCUUGCACUGCCGCAGCCAAUCUACAUCUACCAGGAGCUGGGUGCAACAGGCGUAGAAGCCUUCAUCACGAAAAAGCCGCUGCGGUGGUUGGCGCUGCUGGCCACCAGCAAGGCAGUGCAGGACGAGGCCGCGGCCGUCUUGUUCGGCGCCAACCACUUUCAUAUGAUGGAUGCCGCUGGCACUUUCCCCCGGCGGUCAAAGUGA